AUGUCGCCUAACCUGCUGAAUGAUAUAAAAUGGCCUGAUGAAUCUAGCAUUGUACGAAGACGCUACCAACAUCCGACGUUAGUGGCUCUUCGAAGCCUCUUUCAUAACAUUGGAAUUUUGUCGUCUUUAGGGUACUUGAUCCUUCUAUUCGUUGUUCAGCCAUGUCUUGCUGAGCAGUUUAGGCAAAGGAAUGAGCUAGCUGUAACUACUCUUUUACGCCUACGAGCGUUAGUUUCCACUCUUCAAAAGAGGCUAAAAGUCUCGCCAGUGACGAUCUUGGGUUUCAAUCAACAUGAUAAGUACAUUGAAAGGGCUACUCAAACGGAUAAUGAUUCGACCGCUCCGUCACAAACUAAAGGAUAUUUGACAGAUAUUAAUGAAAAGUUAAGACAAGCUGCUCAAGUAUUGGAGGUUCAGAAUUUACUAGAUGGCAACCAAAGCGAUAGAAAUACUGUGGCUGGCUUAACUUUCCAAAUGAAGUUGCUUGUUGACCAAGUGGAAUUGACUGAUCAAUCGAAAGUGGUAAAUGGUAAGUGCCGGGAUGUCAUCGACAACCUUAGGACAAUUAAAGGAACGUAUGUGAAUGGUGGAAGGAUGAAAUGA